UCAAUUCUUCUCUAGAAAAUUCCACGUCUCCUAUUUAAUUUCCAUCCAUGCAUACUCUCUAGUCUCUCCUGUAUAUAUAUAAAUACCAUCAAAAUGUAUAUAUAUUUCUCAUAAAUUCCUUCAAGUUUCCCAUAUCCAUAUCCAUGGAGGAAGAAGAAAUCCCAUGCUUUUUCCUCUGCCCCAUCUCGAUGCAGCUCAUGAGCGACCCCGUCACCGUCUCCACCGGCAUCACCUACGACCGCCGCUCCAUCGAGAAAUGGCUGCUUUCCUGCCGCAAAACCACCUGCCCCGUCACCAACCAGCCCCUCGACCCCGCCGCCGCCCUCACCCCCAACCACACCCUCCUCCGCCUCAUCCAAGCUCGCCGCCCCAAACCGGAGCUCCCCGACUCCGGUUUGAAGCCCUUCUUCGCGGAAAAUAGUAAUAAUAUCACGAGCAAAUUGAUCCAAGUGCUGCGAGACGGCGACUCCGGGAGCCGGGGCGGGGCCGUGGCGCUCCUCAGGGACGCCUACGCCGCGGCCGACCGGAUCCACCUGAUCGGGGCGGGGCGGGAGGUGUUCGUCGAGGCGGUGAGGGUGAUGAACGACGGGAUCUCGGCGCGGGCGACGAAGUCGGCGGUGAAGCUGCUGGCGGAGCUGUGCCCGUGGGGGAGGAACCGGCUGAAGGCGGUGGAGGGCGGCGCGGUGGGGGCGCUGAUCGAGCUGCUUCUCGAGACGGGCGACAGGAGGGCCUGCGAGCUGGCGCUGACGGCGCUGGAUCAGCUGUGCGGCUGCGCGGAGGGGCGGGCGGAGCUGCUGCGGCACGGGGCGGGGCUGGCGGUGGUGUCGAAGAAGAUACUUAGGGUUUCGGCGGUGGCGACGGAUAAGGGGGUGAGGAUUGUGGGGUCGAUUUCGAGAUACUCUGCGAAUUCGAGGGUUGUUGAAGAGAUGGUGCAGGUUGGGGUGGUUUCGAAGCUGUGUUUGGUGCUGCAGCUUCAAGCCACUCACAAAACCAAAGAGAGGGUUAGAGAGAUUCUCAUGCUGCAUUCUAGGGUUUGGAAGGAAUCUUCAUGUAUUCCAUCUCACUUUCUCUCAUUUUAUCCAUCUUAAUUCUUGCAACAACUCAGUGGAUUUAAGGAUGUUGAUGUAGAUAAUUGAUGGGGAUUUUUGUUCACCCCAUUUUUUUUUUCAAAUUAAAAACUCCCUCAUCCGUGUGUACAAUUAUUGAGCUAAUUGUUAAUACAGGACCGUAACUUAAUUUGAUGUGUUUUCAAAAAAAUGAUUAUAUGUUACGCAAUUUGAAAA